AUGACGUCUAUAUCUUCCAUACCCGUUGGAAUCUCCCCUACCGAUUACAAUUUCAGUACUUUUGAUUUGUACGGCCCAGUAUGUAUUGGUGUCAUUCUUAGUGUUUUUGGUUGUGGUAUCUUCUGCAUGCAAGUGGGAAGAUAUCUCACUGAUUUCCCAAAUGAUCAAUUAUGGCAUAAACUAGCUGUACUUUUAGCACUCAACAUUGCUCAAAGUGCUAGCGAUUGUUCUCGUAUGGUCAAAAUUCUCGUUCUUCACCCUGCCGAUCUUAUCUACUUCUUAUCACUACAUUCAAGACCAGAGGAGAUAAUCAGUCCCUCACUAUCCGUAGUCAUUUGCGCCAUCGUUCAAUUCUUCUUCCUAUUCCGAUUUCUUCAAUACGCAAAACUCAGCGUCCCUCCGGCCAAACGUGGAACUCUGCGGUACAGUGCGGGAAUAUGGACGGCAGCUACUGUCCUAGCCUUUGGAGUCCUACUAACUCUCGGCGCCGGGAUCGGGGAGGUUGUAACUUUCAGUAAACUUCCAAACUAUCUAUAUGCUUAUAGAGGUAUAUCGGCACAUUCUUCUUUCGCAAGGACAACCGUUACUUGGUUAAGUGCUUCGGCGGCAACUGACAUUUUCUUAUCGAUCUUGAUCAUCUUUUCUCUCCGACGAGCAGAUCUUAAGAAUCGUCAAAAAGCAGCCGGGAGCGAUAUGAUAUCCGCCAUGGCACAAUUGGCAUUACAAAGUGGAAUCAUGAUCACUGCUUUACAAAUAGCUACUUUGAUCGCUUAUCUUAGAUCAAACACAGCAUGGGCAGAUUUCCCUCAAAUAUUCAUUAGCAAAUUCUACAGUUGUAGUCUCCUUUUCGCUCUUUCACUCCCUAGAGACCUAGCACGAAACCGUACCAAAACCACCAAAGCUCAAGUCGCAUCAAGUCGUAAUUUACCCAUCCCAUUAUCGAUGCAAAGAGUUACAAACUCAUGGAAAACUCGUGAUGUAGAUGGUAUAAACGCCGCAUACGCUUCACAAACUUUCGGUCCUGGUACUGCCGCCGUGAGAACUAGCGGAUCUAGUUUUGGGAAUUCAGAAAUUGGUACAGAAACGGAUUUAGUAGGUUUAGAUACUAGGAAUGAAGUUGGUCAAUUAGGAACGACGGGAACAAUGGGACAAGAACCGAAAAGUUUAACUGAUACUAUGGGUGUGGUACAUUUCGAUGUUGAUGAAGGGUAUGAAAAGGAGAAAUAUGGUUAUGAUCCUAGUAAUAGGGUUUGA